AUGGUCAAUUUGAUCGAUUUACCGUCUUCGAUAAAGCAGCAUAUUAUCAGCUACUUACCUCAACAAUCAGUUCUUAACCUUGCACAAACUAAUUUCGAAUUUUACCAACCAUGUAUACAGAAGUUAUAUAAACGAAUCUUGAUCCAACGAGAUCCCAUAGUCAAUAGUCCAAGUGACCAAAGGUUGUCUGAUUACGUAGAUUCUAACCACACUGUGGUAUAUGCAUUACAUCAUAAAAUAAAUGAAGGCAAGGUUUUUGAUAAAAGCGAAGUUCAAAUGAAGUUGAUCAAUUUGCGAUUGCAACUUCUUAUUGAAUCUUUGAAAUUUAAUUCUUCCUUGCUCGAACAUGUCGAAGAGAUACAUAUAAUUGGCAAAGACUUUGAAAAAGAUCUCGUGUUUGUUGACAAUCUCAAACAAUUAGUGGAAUUAGUGCUGACCAAUAAUCUUAGUCUUAGAACUUUUUUUAUUUCAGAUAUAAACCUAAGGUCUAAGAUAGAUUUAGCUGCCAUUAAUGUCAAGACGAGAGUGCUUGAUGACACGUUUGAUGACCAAAUACAUUUUAUUCACGGAAAAUCUAUAGAAGAGUUAAUAAUAACAGACUCCUGCGUUAUAUCUUCUCCAGUGUUAUAUAUUCCUGGUUGGUUAUUUAAAUUGAAGUCCUUGAUAUUGCCUAACGACGAGCCAAAUUAUUGGAAAUUUGUACAUCAGGUAAUUCACAACCAUCCAACAGUAUUGUCAAACUUAAAGACAUUCAAACUUGUUAUUAAUCAUGAAGAAUUGUCCCAAAAUAUAGAAUUAGUUAAACUAAUUAAUUGGGCCAAACUUGAGAAUUUAGAGAUUGUAAUAGGCAGCCCAAAUGAACAAGAGGAUGUUUUGGCUAUAUUGAAGUUGAUUCCUGUUAAUGAUUGUCAAAAACUAAAAAAACUUUCAAUUGUACAAAAUUUCGUAUACUCAAGUCAUAAAUCCAAUGAAAUUUUCGAUUUAAAUAUUUUUAACUUCAUAAGAGGGUUGGUUAAAAAUUUGCAGUAUUUAUCCAUAGAACAUUCAGUGCCAUUAUUUGGAGACUUUGACGACGGCUUCGACGGUAACUAUUUGAGAAGAAUGAAAUUGUAUGAAACUAUAUUGCCUCAAAUACUAUCUACUGCAACUCGAAAAGUGACGUUGUACUUACCUAACUUGUUUGCUUCAUUGUCUAGUUAUGAACAAUCAAUGAAUACCAUGUUAUGGAAUGGCUGCAAGUGCACGCAUUGUAUUGAGUCUCUUGGAUUGGUCGAUGAUUACUUAAUGCAUCAUAAGUACUAUGAUGUCAGAUUGCAAAGGUUCAAAGAUUUGAAUAGUUCUCAUUUUUUUAAUAUAGUUGCAAAUUAUCUACUGCUUAGACUAAUUAGUAGAAAUGAAUAUUUCACUAAUUUACACUUAGGGCAUUUUCCUCUAAGGCAAUAUAGUUGGGAUUAUCACAGUCUAGACCGACUCGAUUUUUAUCAUCCAUUAAAAUGUUAUUCAGUCAAAGUAAUCGAUUUAGGAGAGUUUGACGGAGAAGAUGACAAUAAGGAGAAAGAAAAUUUCAGAUGCAACAUUAAUUCAUUUCAUUACUUAAAAGGUGUUCCUUUAUCCAUGUCCCAUUAUUUUGAUAGUAUCAUUAUCAAAGUCUUGAAACUUGAUAGAGGUAAUGCUGAAAAGAGAUUUGAUGAAGAUCAAAAGGACGAAAUGAUAAUUAAUGAGACUCAAAGGCAAUCAAAUAAUAUGGAGGCAUAUGUCUUUAAUGAUGGAGGUGAUAAUGAAUCAACUCAUCUUAACAUUAAUCGUGUUGUUAUAAAUGGGAUCAUUUAUACAAUGGAUAAAGAGUUGAACGGGACCCAUUGUUACGAAAGAUACUUGUGA